AAAACGGGUUACACAAUGUUAACAGGACAGGCACGUUUGUUUGACAGCAGCAGCACAGACAGCCAAAGAUCUUCCACAGGCCACAAGCGCAGUCGCUUCCGGAAAUCUACCGUCCUCUAGUGCCGACGCACGAGCGCCAACGCCGCGUACGUUGAUUUUGUGCGCUUGUAGUGAAGGAACGGCAAAAUGGCGGAACUCGAAGACGUUACCUUGGAUGGGAAACCACUUAAUUCCCUUCGUGUGGCAGAUUUGAAAACAGCGCUAGAGCAAAGAGGUCUCACAAAAAGUGGCCCGAAAAAUGCUCUCAUCAAACGACUUAAAGGGGCUCUCAUGCUGGAGAACCUCCAGAAGAGCUCCACCCCACACAUCGGCCUACAGCCCAACUCUCAGAUUGGUGCGGAGAUGAGUCAGAACAGUUUCAUACAGCAAUAUCUGGCAAAGCAACAAGAGCUACUGCGGCAGCGGCUGGAGAGGGAGGCCUUGGACGCAGGAGAGAGCAAAGGUAUGGAGAGUCCUGGUGGAGACGAGGAGGAGGAGAGCUCAGAGGCCAGUGAUCACGCCCCCUAUCGACCAGAGCAUAGCAUCGCAGCUGCCCGGCCCAUAGUCAUGGAGACACAGGAGGACCGAGGCCUGGGCUUGGGCCGAGACAUGCCGCCUCAGCGCGCUGUAGCCUCCCUCUCCGUCCGCGUUGUUGGAGAGCAGCACCCAGCCAUGCACAUCCAUCCUCCGGUGCAGCCAGAAAGCCAGAGCACCACCACCACCACCACCAGCUACCCAGAGGCUGCUCAGUCCGCACAGUCGCUCAUGCAGCAGCAGCAGCAGCGUGGCCGCUUUGCCCCAGCCGUCAGCCAGUCCGCUCAGGACGACAGUGACGAUGACGACGAGGAUGACGACAGCAGCGAGGAGGAUGAUGAGUGGGGUCCCGGUGCGAGGAAGAGUGCCGGCGGACGCAAAGCUGCCAUGGCGCCACAGUACCUGCCCACCCCACAGAGGUCCCGGCGGAAGUCCCAGCCCCCGCAGCACAUCCCCCCGGUGGUCCAGCCGAUGCUCCAGCAACAGCACCAGCAACAGCAGCAUCAGCCCCAGCUCCAGCAGCAGCCGCCCAUGCAACUCCGCCAGCCCACCCCGCCGCCCUCUCCUCCGCUGGAGAUGUCCUUCCCCCUGCCGGACACCCCCAAGCAGAGCCCGCCUGACCUCAACCAGGCUGCCGCCAUGCCAGCAGCAGCUGGGCAGAUGCCUCCAGGUCCUCUUCCCAUGGGCCUCCAGAGACAGGACUCCAGCUCCAGCUCCCGCUCCAGCAGUCCCGAGCCACUGCCCAAAACGGGCCGUGGACCCCUCAGCCUGCUCGUCCGCAAGAUGGAGUCGGAGUUCCAGGAGAACAGAGCUUCCACGAUGGGUCAGCGGCAGCAAGGUACACCUGCCAUGGGUGGUCCCAUGGCUGGUCUGGGAUUGGUAGUCCCACCUGGUGCUUCCAGCAGCGAAGGGGAGAGGAUGGUCUCUCCCGGUGCACAGCCUACCCCCCUGCUGCCCCACUCCACUCCUCUGUUGUCUCCCUCUACCCUACUGUUGUCUCCCUCUACCCUACUGAUGCCCCCCAUGUCAGAACCGGCGUCCACCAUCACCUUCGGCUCCGGGCUCCCUAAUAGAGGCGUCAUAACGACUCUGGUCGACAGUGACAAGCCUGAUCACAUGCAAGGUCCAUCAGAACAGGAGACGAAAAGGGACGGCGAGCAGAAGACGAGGCAGGAAGACGUUCACGCACAGCAGGCACAGCAGACCGCCACCAGUUCCUCCACGGUCUCACCACAGCCUCUCACUGGCGCGUCCAUCACCUCCCCAUCCAGUGCGGCUGUGCCUCUCCUGCCCAUGGCAAAGAGGCGAUUCUUUUCCGACGGCCCCCCACCAACGUCGUCGGUCUUGUCGCCCACGAAGGCUGAUCCCGCGCGUUCCGACACGCUGUCCGCCGCUUCCCCACCGCCCGCCCGCGUAUCGGUUCUGUUCUCGGGCCUCCAGCAGCAAACUACCACCCAGCCGCUUGCCACCGAAGCCCCAGCGUCAGACGCCAAGCUGCCUAAGGAGGUGGAGAAACGCCACACGUCCGAAAGCUCCUCGGCACAGCCAGCGGCUCUCUUGCCACCGUCGCCACCACCAGAUGAGAGCAAAGGUCAGAGGAAAGGACGCGAAAAGGAGCAGAGCGCCAAACGUCCGUCUUCGGACUCAUCUUCCUCUGACUCGGAUUCUUCUGACUCUGGGUCGUCCGACUCCGCAAAGAAAUCUCCUUUGGCUCAGAAAAAGGAACAACAAAAGCAGGGAAGACCUGACGGCAAAGCUGACAUGAGUGAAUCCAUGCGCAGGGAGGUGAAACGCUCAGCCCUGUCCGAGUCGGCGGAUGCUGGCCCCGCGGAGGCGAUGGAGGGGAUCCUGCCGGAGCAACCUGCUGCUGCAGCUGGUGCUGGUGCUGGUGUGCAGGGUCACACAGAGGCUCAGGUCGAGCCAGAGUCUAGUGAGGAGAUUCCAGACAAGACUGCCACAGCGAAAGGGCUUCCCACACGAAAGAUUUCUCUGAGUAGCAGUAAGACGUCUCCAGAUGACAACUCUGCAGAGACUGAGGCGCAGGGUGGGGCAGUGGGCCGCAAGAGACGAUGGGGCUCCAGCACAUCCGUCACCACCGCCAAGAAGCCCUCCAUCAGCCUCACCACCGACUCCCUCAAGUCUCUGAUCCCGGACAUCAAGAGUGUGGAGGAGGCCGUGGUGGAGCUUCACCCGGAGGACGGCUGCCUCUCUGGGGACGAGGAGCGCAUGGAGAGCCCAGACAGAGAGCCCGACUUGAAGAUCAGAAGGACCGUCACACAAGUUGUCCCUUCAGAAGACACGACUGAGAAGGAGAACGGCCAGACGGAGCAGGAGGAGGAGGAGGAGCGUGAGGAAGCUGGUGAGAAGGACAGGAGGAGAUCACGGGUAGAUGAUGAAAUGGAGGGUUCACCUGAUGCCUCAGAGAAGAAGAGCUUUUUCCAUGACACAGAUGACAAGAAAGCCACUCCUGGUGACACGCUGAUCCGCCGCUCCAUCAGUAAUCAGAAGACGGGCGUGUCCGUCACCAUCGACGACCCCGUGCAGGUCAAGGAGCCGUCUCCUCCACGCCGCAAAGCCACCACGAUCAUACACGUUCGGAACCUGGUACGUCCCUUCACCCUGGGCCAGCUGAAAGAGCUCCUGGGUCGCACAGGCAGCGUGCAGGAGGAGGGCUUUUGGAUCGACAAGAUCAAAUCCCACUGUUAUGUCACUUACUCUACAACAGAGGAAGCCGUAGCAACACGGGCUGCCCUGCACGGUGUCAAGUGGCCUCUCAGUAAUCCCAAAGUGCUCAGCGUGGACUUCAGUGAGCAGGAGGAGUUGGACUUCCACAAGGGUCUGACGGGUGAUGGCAGUGCAGAUGGCCGUGGUGCGGUGGGCCACCACCCCAGCGCUCGUCCCGCGGGGCCCCCUCCCCUCAUGGGGGCCAACCUGGAGCGGGGGCCCAUCGGGGCCACCACCACCCUGGAGCGUGGCGGCGUUCGCGACCAGUGGGCGGAGCGGGAGCGCGAGAUGCAGCGCCGCGAGAGGGCCCGCGCCGAACGCGAGUGGGACCGCGACAAGGUGCGGGAGUUUGGCAGCAAAGCGGGAGAGGAGCGCGACGGCAGACGGUCGCGUUCGAGAGACAGAGAUCGCCGACGGAGGGAGAGAGGCAAGAGCCAAGAGAGGAAGAGCGAGAGGAAAGGGGAAGAGAAGAAGACGGCUGAGGAACCCCCUGCUAAACUACUAGAUGAUCUAUUCCGCAAAACGAAAGCCACACCCUGCAUAUACUGGCUCCCCCUCUCAGAUGAACAGGCCGCACAGAGAGACAACCAGCGGGCCGAGCGCAAGAAGGAGCGAGAGAGGAGGCAGAAGGAGCUGGAGGAGGAGGAGGAGAAGAAGAAGCGAGGAGGAGGAGGAGGAGGAGGAGGCCAGGGGAGAGGAGGAGGAGGAGGAGGUGCGGGCGGAGGAGCCAACGCUACCACCGCUGCUGGCCGACCGGGAGAUCGGGAACGGGAGCGACCGCGGGAGAGGGAGAGGGAGCGCGGGGUUCGAGACGGGGAGAGGAGAGUGGAGUACAGGAGUCGGGAGGUGGAGUCCAGGUCCUCGGGUGGCAGCAGAGCAAGAGGACGCUCUCACAGUAGAAGCAACCCGCCCAGAGACAGAUGGCAUUGAGCUUGCCCUCUGUGUGUGUGUGUAUGUGUGUAUGGAUGUGUGUGCGUGCACACCUGCCUGUGUGUAAGGGUGAGGAAACACUUGAUCCCAGACACUGAAGAAAAAGAAAAAGAUGCUUACUGUAUCCGAGGCUCCCCCAGCCCUUCCCCUCCCCCUUGCCUCACUGCAUCCUCCACUCCCAGUUCCACAGUCACCAUUUCACCAGUCACUAUUUCUUCAGUACACGCUGUCACACCUGUAGGUCGGGGGUAGUUAGUCUCUCCCCCCGCCCCUCACUGCUAAAGAUGAUAGUCUUUCCUCAGGUAGGCUGCUGUUCUCCUUCCUGCUGUCUGUCUGUCUGCCCAUGCGUUCGAGCCUUGUUCUGCCAUUGAAGGAUCAUUGGAAUGGUUCCGUUCUUUCUGAAUUAUGUUGCUGUUUCUUGUAUCAUUGGCUUGAUGCUGUGUGUUAUAUAUGUAUUACCCCACCCCUUUUUUUUUCUUUUUGAAGAGGUUUGGGGUUGUGUGAUCAGAUAUGCGGGGUGAAGGAAAAUAGACCACUGUUUAAAAGGACUAUAGUUCCUUAUACAUAGGUGCUAGUACUACCAUAAAAAAAUAAAGUGUAUUCUAAGGUUUUGCCAGUGAUGUGGUUUAUGGCCAUAUAAUAUAUCCCGGUAAUAGUAAGACCACCAUAGGUGCAGGAGGUGUAGUUGUUUAAAAAGUGGUCCAUAUUUUUGUUUUGAUGUGGUUUGUUAUGUUUUUUUUCAUCCACCUUCUGUGGAAUGUGGAGGUUUGGGUCAUGAAGGACAGUAGAUGGUUCAGUGCUGCGUUAGUUUUCAUACCUGCGUCAUAUUUUUUUGUUGUUCCACAACAACCAGAAACAAAGUGUCUCAAAGACUUCAUGUAGACCUUCAGUCUUAAUUUAAAUGAGUCUGAUGUCCUCAUUGACCUUCUCUAUGCGGCUCUUCUCCUGUGGAACUACAGAUGUGCGACUGCAACUUUUUUUUGGUCUUUGUAAAUCAGACAAGGGAUGAGUUUUAAGAAAAAAAAAUCAGAAAAGAAACUUUAUAGAAAAAAAAACAGAAUUGAUGCUUUAAUAAUGUGCUUAUUUUAAGUUUUUGCCUUUAGUUUGAGGUUUGAAGAAUUAUUUGCAUUUUGGUUUUAUUUUCAUUCUCUACGUGUUGGAUGUAAAAAGAAUAAAUAAGAAUAUGGUGUUUUGGUUUUUAAAAAGUGUUUCUUUUGCAUUGGGCAGCUUUUCAGUUGAAAUACGUAGUGGAUUGUGUGAUUGGGGAUGCCUGGCAACGAGGAAUGCAUGAAUUAUCAAAUUCAUCGGUGAAAUAAAAAAUUGAUUCUAAGGUUUCAAAUUAUACGUAUAUUGGUUUCACACAGUUGUCAAUACUAUUUUUUUAUUUCUUAUUUUUGAUGUAACAAUUCCCUUGGACGGGGAAACAAAAGUGUUCGUUCAAUACUGUAAUUUAAUUAUUUCUAAUUAUAUUAACUAUGUUUUAAUUUCAGCCCUUCAUGGCAUUUCUGUUGACACAACACAGCAUUUAAAUUGUGCAAAGACGAUCCAAAAUAAUAAUAAAAAAAAACAUCUGACAAGAUCA